CGAACGUGUAGUGCAAAAAACAUGCUAUAAUGCUGUAGAAAACGAAUCUGUCAACCAACACAGCUCGACUUUAGUAUCAGACAACAACCAUGGCCAAUAAAAUCAGUAUUGUCCAACAAAACCUUCGAAAAAGCAACAUUGCAACAAACGAAUUUAAACAUAAUAUUUCUCAGCAUAUUAACGAUAUAAUACUAGUACAAGAACCAAAUAUCUUCCGACCCGAAAACAAACCUGUGUUCUCUUCGCCAAGUGAUAUUCUAUACAAACAGGAACUCAACAAAACACCAGAUACGGCAAUCGUCAUCACCAAUAAAUCACUUAUUAUAAAUCUGAUUCAUGAAUUCUCCUGCUCUUUCGCAACAACCAUUUCCAUACAAUGCAUCGACCGUUUUAUCAUCAUCUGCAACAUAUAUAUAAGACCAAACGAAAUCUGCACUGAGCACAUUGAAUUCAUCGAGAACAUCAUUAAUAAAUACCGCAACACUCCAUUGAUCAUCUCUGGCGAUUUCAACGCACGUCAUCUGCUAUGGCACGAUAAAAUUAUCAACAGAAACGGAACGAAAAUUUUCGAUAUCAUUGAUAAACAUAAUCUCAUAAUCCACAACAACAAAGAAAAAACAUGUCAGACAUCAAACGGAAAUAGCAUUAUUGAUAUCACCUUGACAAACGAUCAUGGCUGCCACAUCGUGCAAAAUUGGAAAACAACAAAUCUAACAAGUUUCUCUGAUCAUUUUACCAUCGUCUUCGACAUCUCUAUCUAUAACCUCUGUCGUAAAAAGUCAACAUCCACAUGGAAAUUCAAUGAAAAAUGUGCCGAUUGGAAAAAAUAUCGAACUAGUUUUAAUCCCAACGGAUGUGAAGAUCUCAUAAUGUCAUCAUCUCGACAGCGCAACAAGCUAUUCCCAAAAAACGAAAUACCAACUACAGCAAUAGAAAUUCCUGGUGGAACAAUGAUCUAG